GAGAGAGAGAGAGAGCCCACGUCGCCAUUACUGCGCAUCGAGAGGCUGAAUGACGCGCACAUUCCUCCUUCCCUCCCUCGGUCCGUGGUCGUCGUCGUCGUCGUCGUCGUCUCCUCAUUCCUGAGCGAGUCUCCUCCCCAUUCUCGUUCCCAGCCCAGCCCGGCCCAGCCAGCCGAGCUAGCGACCUCGCGAGCACAGUCAGCGACCCGAGGACAUCGCCGGACGAGGAUUGAUUGGAUUGAGGACGUUAACGCGGAGGAUUUUGACUGACUUUUUAUUUAUCAUCGUUAUUAUUAAUAUUUUUGUGUGUGUGUGUGUGUAAUUGGACCCCCACAUCUGCCCUUUGGAACGCGGAGACGCUUUGGAUCUUUCUGCGAGGACGUGGGAGCGACCAUGUUGUUGUUCUUCCUAGGCAGGUGAUAAGAGGAGGAGCCGGCCGCAGUCCGCCAGCUGCACAUAGGUCUGACGGGGGAGGCCGAAGAUGAACCCGCCGGCGUGGCGCUGACAGGAAUAAUACCCCGAAUGAUUUCCCGGCAGAGAGCGACCCAGCGAUGAGCCGCAGGAUAUAAUGGCCAAGAACAAGGAUGCGCGGCCCCCGACAUUCGCCGUCAGCGUGGUCGGCCUCUCCGGGGCGGAAAAGGACAAGGGAAACAGCGGCGUGGGCAAGUCGUGCCUCUGCAACAGAUACGUGCGUCCGGACGCCGACGACUACUACUCGGAGCACACGUCCGUUUUGAGCACAAUCGACUUUGGGGGGCGCGUGGUGAACAAUGACCACUUUCUGUACUGGGGCGACGUCCCCCACAGGGGUGACGAAGGACUCGACUGUAAGAUCCAGGUCAUCGAGCAGACGGAGUUCAUUGACGAUCAGACGUUUCAGGCGCACCGGAGCACCAACAUGCAGCAGUACAGCAAACGGGCGGCGACCGCCAAGCUCCAGUCUGCCGAGAAGCUCAUGUACAUCUGCACGGACCAGCUGGGCCUGGAGCAGGACUUUGACCAGAAGCAGAUGCCGGACGGAAAGCUGAACAUCGACGGCUUCGUGCUCUGCGUGGACGUCAGCAAGGGCUGCAACCGGAAAUUUGAUGACCAAAUGAAGUUUGUCAACGGCCUCUACUCUCAAAUCGCCAAGUCCAAGAAACCUACUGUGGUCGCUGCCACCAAAUGCGAUGAGUUUGUCGAUCAGCACCUGAGGGACCUUUACACUUUCGUGGCCGGCAAGAAGAACUUGCUCCUCGUCGAGACGUCGGCACGCGCCAACGUCAAUGUGGAGCUCUGCUUCAACGCUCUGGUUCAGCAGAUGGACAAAGCCAGGGGCAAGCCAAAACUCGUGCCGUACUCGGAGGCCGAUAAAGUCCAGAGGCAGCUCAUUGCCUCGGUGACGGAAAGAUUUGAGAAACUCAUGGGGCAGAUGGUCCGAGAUUACCAUACCACGUGGAAAGGCGUGGUCAGCAACGCAAAGGGCAACCCCGACUAUGAGGAGUUCAUCACCUUGGAGGGCUCCAGGAAGGCCAAGAGCAUGUUCACAAAGCACAUUGCACAGCUGAAACAAGAGCACAUCAAGAGGAGGCGAGAGGAGUACCUCACCACUCUGCCCAAGACCCUCAACAACCUCCUAAGUCGCCUGGACGAGGUGGAGCACUUGACGUGGGCCGAGGCACAAAGCAUCAUCCGCAACCGCUCCGAUUUCCAGUGCUGGUUCGUGGUACUGGAGCAAACGCCGUGGGACGAGUCGGACCACGUCGACCACAGCGACCGGCGGAUACCUUUCGACCUCCUGAGCACACCCGACGGCGAGAGGAUCUACCGCAACCACGUCCAGCACCUGCUGUCAGAGAAGAGGAGGCUCGACAUGAAGGAGAGGUUCAAGAAGACGUUGGACAGGGUUCACUUUAUCAGCGCCGGGCAGCCUUGGGAGGAAGUCAUGUGCUUCGUGAUGGAGGAUGAAGCCUUCAAGUUCAUCACGGAAUCCGACAGGAGGGACGUUUACUGUCGACACCAGCAGGAGAUAGUCGAGCGGGCCAAAGAAGACUUCCAGGAAAUGCUCUUUGAGCACGCCGAGCUCUUCUACGACUUGGAUCUGAACGCCACGCCGAGUUGCGACAAGAUGAGCGAGAUCCACAGCGUGCUCAACGAGGAGCCCAGGUACCGGGCGCUCCAGAAACUGGCCCCCGACCGAGAGUCUCUGCUCUUCAAGCACAUCGGUUUCGUUUACCACCCCACCAAGGAAACCUGCCUGAGCGGGCACAACUGCGUGGACCUGAAAGCCGAGCAGGUUCUCGCCAAAAGACUGGUUCAGCUGGACCACGGCCGCUCCACCCUCUACUACAACGUUGCCAACGUAGACAAGAUCAACCUCUGCCUCCUGGGAAGGGAGGGCCUCUCGCAGGAGCUCGCCAACGAGAUUCGAGCCCAGUCCACGGACGACGAGUACGCCCUCGACGGCAAAAUUUACGAAAUGGAGCUUCUGCCCGUGGACGUCAACUCCACGUUGCUCUUCAGCCACACCUGGCUGUCCACGUUCAAGCCGCACGGCUGCUUCUGCGUUUUCAACUCCAUCGAGUCCCUCAACUGCGUCGGGGAUUGCGUCGGCAGGAUCCGUGCGGAGAUCGCCCAGAGCAGGAGAGAGAAGUUUGCUCCUCCUCUCCCGUUUAUCCUCAUCCUGGCCAAUCAGCGGGACACCGUGUGCAAGAACACGCCCAUCCUGCGGCACCAGGGCCAGCAGCUGGCCAAUAAGCUCCAGUGCACCUUCGUGGACAUCCCCCCCGGCGCCUUUCCGCGCAAGUUCACGGAGUUCCAGAUCAAGCAGGGCCUCCGAGCGGUUCUGGACGGCCUCAAGCAGAACUUUGACGUCCUGGCGCCGCUGCCCUCUAUCAAAGACAUGUCGGAGGCUGACCUCCGGAUCGUCAUGUGCGCCAUGUGCUGGGACCCCUUCGGCAUCGAACUCAUUCUCUCUCCCUUUCUGGAGUCGCACUGCUGCGGCGCGGGGCAGCCGGGCCAGCCCAACACGCUGCUCCUGGACAAGAUUAUCGGGGACUGCAGGAGGAGGAUUCAGGUCACCGUCCUCUCUUACCACUCGGCCAUCGGCGUCCGCAAGGACGAGCUGGUGCACGGCUACAUCUUGGUCUACUCGGCCAAGCGCAAGGCGUCCAUGGCCACGCUGCGUGCCUUCCUGGCAGAGGUCCAAGACGUCAUCCCGGUCCAGAUGGUGGCCGUCACCGACAGCCAGGCGGACUUCUUUGAAAAUGACGCCAUCAAGGAGCUGAUGACCGAAGGCGAGCACAUCGCCACAGAGAUCGCCGCCAAGUUUACGGCGCUCUACUCGCUGUCGCAGUACCACCGGCAGACGGAGGUUUUUACACCCUUCUUCAACGAAGUGCUGGAGAAGAAACCCAAUAUUGAGAGCUCCUUCUUGUUUGACAGCUCGUCGAGGGAGAGCACCACCGGGGCCGGCGAAGAGGUCUCCCAGACCUCGCCGCAGAGCCACUCUCCGGCCUUCAACGCGUACUAUCCGGAGUCCGACGACGACAACGAAGCCCCCCCUCCGUACAGUCCCAUAGGCGACGACGUCCAGCUUCUUCCCACGCCCAGCGAGCGCACCAAGUACCGUAUCGACCUGGAGGGCAACGAAUACCCGGUCCACAGCACGCCCACGGGCGACCACGAACGCAACCACAAAGUGCCUCCGCCCGUUCGGCCCAAGCCGGCUUUAUCCAAGCCCCACGUGAAAAAGUUGGAUCCCAACUUGCUGAAAACCAUCGAAGCCGGGAUGCGAAGCAACCGCCGUCCGCCACGCGGACCCGCCACGCACGCGAAUGACGCGGCGGAGGCUUCGGACAACUACGCGGAACCCGCUGACGCCCUGCUGAGGGCCAGGGGCUUCCACGCCAACGACAUUUACGCCGAGCCCGACGACGGGCACGGCCGCCCCGUUAAGAUCCGAAACUCGUUCGGCCCGCACGGGGGAGGAGAGGACGCCAACGGAUACGAGCGCAAGUCUCAGACCGGACGUCGGCCCUCCAAGUACAAACACCGCUCCAAAAUCCUCUUCAGCAAGACCAAGGCCUACCAACGACGCUUCCACUCGGACAGCGACGGCGAGGAGACGGGCCCCGCCACGCAGAAUAAGAAGAAGAAGGGGAGGACCCACCGGGGCGGCGAGGAGGACCCGCUCCUGUCCCCUGCCGACCCCUGGAAGGGCGGCAUCGACAACCCCGCCAUCACCUCCGACCCCGAGCAGGAAGACAAGAAGAUGAAGAAGAAGAAGACGGCCAAGACUCCAAAGGAACCCAAGAAGGCCAAACCUUCGAAGCCGCUGUACCCGCCCACCCGAAGAACGUGGGAGAGCAACUACUUCGGCGUGCCGCUGCACAGCCUGGUGGGACCCGAUCAAGCCGUGCCGGUCUUCGUGGAGAAGUGUGUGGACUACAUCGAGCGCACCGGUUUGACCACCGAAGGCUUGUACCGCGUCAGUGGCAAUAAGACGGACCAGGACAACAUCCAGAAGCAGUUCGAUCAAGACCAGAGCGUGGACUUCGUGGCGCUGGACGUGGCCGUCAACGCGGCGGCCGGAGCGCUGAAGGCGUUCUUCGCCGACCUGCCCGAGCCGCUCAUCCCGUACAGCCUCCAUCCGGAACUGGUGGAGGCCGCAAAAAUGGCCGACUACUUGGAGCGUCUGCAGCUCCUGAAGGAAAUCGUCAAGAAGUUUCCCCCGGUCAACUAUGAAGUCUUCAAAUACAUCAUCACGCACCUCAACAGGGUGAGCCAGCACAGCAAAAGCACGCUGAUGACGGCCGACAAUUUGUCCAUCUGCUUCUGGCCGACGCUGAUGCGGCCCGACUUCGAGAACAAAGACACGCUGUCCACCACCAAGCUCAACCAGGCCGUGGUGGAGGCCUUCAUCGUGCAGAGCGACUUCUUCUUCCACGGCGGCGACGUCCCCGACGGCGCCCCCGGCCCCCCGCCGCAGCGUUGCCACGACAUGGUGGAGGCGCUGCUGCCCCUGCAGCUGCCGCCGCCCCUGCAGCCGCAGCAGAUCCGCCACACGCUGCCCCCCGAGCCCCUCGUUUGAGCGGCCAAAAGGGAGGGAGGGAGGGAGGGAGGGACCCCGUUUGGCUUCUUUCCAUUUGCGGCUUCCGAGUCGCUAAACAUUCCCAAGUCAUUGACCGCGCUUGGCGACAGGGCGCUACUUUUCUUCCGCUGGCUUUACGCGAGCAGAUGUUGAAGUUGAGGCCGCGCGUACGAUUGACGGACACCACGUGUCAAACGGGCCUUGAUUGUAGAAAAGGGAUUGCGAGCCGUCGUCUCGUCUCCCCCCCAAAAAAUGAAAUUCAGUCCCGUGGCCCUUUUUUGUUCGUUUUGGUCUUAGCCAACAGUGUGAAUAAGACAAAACAUUUGUUGAGUUUUGCCUUGAAAAUAUGAAGGGGGGGGCCGGCGGCCCCCUUGUGGAGAGCGACGUCACGACGCCACUUUUUGGACCGUUUUCCUUUGGCACGCCGCGAUGACGUUUUCACGUCGUCGGCGCUCGACGAGGUGGAGGGUCAACUGUGGGUCUUGUGACCUCCGACCCCUUCCCGAGGUACCAAAAAAAAAAAAAAAAAAGAGACUCCGGGUCUUCCUCGACGUUUCCACAUUUCAGCACAGGAACCUCAUCUUCCUCAUCCUCAUCCCUUGUCGAUAAGCGAGGAGAAGAAGAAGAAGAAGAAGAAGAGCACAGUGGCUUUUGAUGACUUUUCUUUUUUUGAUAUAUUUCUAUACCCCCGUCUACGGAUUCUGGAGGGAAACUUAAGUCGAGAAAGGGAUGAGCUGCCAAACCGCUACAGGCCUCUGGUGCAUGUUUUUUUUUUUUGUGUGUGUAUUAAACAAAAAACACACGUUAUUGUCAGGAAUGUUUUUCAGUUCAAGGGGAACUUUUUCUUUUUUUCCUUUGACAUUCAACUAUGAAUAAUUUCAUAUUUUUGCCUCCACGUCCAAUAGUUUGUUUUUCCUUUCCCUAAAUAGAGGAAAUACGUUUAUAAAAAAAAAUCUAAUUAUAUGAGAAUUUAUCAGCGCAAACGCUGCUGAUGGACUCGAAAACGCGCCAGUCUGCAUGACUUGAAAUUGAAUUUGUGGAAGAAAAAAAAAAAAAAAGAAGCGACUGCAUUUGAACGCAGCACGUCCGGGAAAGAUGAAAAAAAAAAAGUUGGAAAAGUCGUUUUCAUUCAAGUCCGCAAAGAAGAACGAAAAACGAAACGUGAACGGGAAUGUUUUGGUUUGAAGAAAGAGACAAGCAAAUGUGAAAAGUGUUUUGAGUAAGUGACGGAAGGACGAAAGUUUAGUUUUGCAUCCACGUGUGAGUGUGCGCGUACCCGAGCCGAUCCAGACGCGCGUCCUCGUCUCCUCGACGUCCGCCUCACGUCGUAUGGACGUGUUAGCGUGAUGCUAACAAGCUGCUAGCGCCUGAUACAAAAACUUUCACUACUUUUUUUGUUUUUGUGUUUUUCUUUGCAAUUGUGCCGGUUUGAUCCGACGAAUGAAUUAAUGGAGUGGGAAAAAAUGCAAGUUGCGGGAAAAUGUAGCAAUUGAUUUGAAAAUAAAUGACAUUAAAAAGCAAAUGAAAUUUGAAAUUGCCAGACGAACACAAAGAGGGUCCGAAAACGAGGACGCCCGUCUGGGAGGCUGCGAGCGUGACUGUUUUCUGGCAAAACGGAGAAAAAGGGACGCAAAGAAGAAAACGUUGAGUUUGGCACGCCUUGCUGAGUGGCAAAGGCAAAAUAAGAAAUCCGAAUCUGCUCCGCUUUGAAUUUGAAUCCAGGAAGCAAACGACUGGAAACUGGAAAAAAACAAAAAAAAACCGUUGAUCUUGUUUCCAAAUAAACUUUCUUUUCUGUCAUAAUUUCA